AGCCAUUUUGUUUCGGAUUUACGGCAAAUGUAUUCUGGAGUAAUUUGGUGAAUUCUCUGUACACUGGAAUCCACUUCGACCUAGAGUUUAUAUUUGUUUUCUUAAAAAAAAUUUAUUGUGAACGAUUAAGAGGCUUUCAUUUCUCUGGAAACGCCCCGAUCCAGUGAAUCCGUGAAGAUGUAUGGUUACAAUAUCUGGUCUGGCUUUUGCUUCUGUUUUAUUAUUCUAUUCAAUUUUGAUCCAGCAUCUGCUCAGAAUAUCUUCCGAUUUAUAUAUCGAAUUUGACCCUCCGUCUGCAGUUUUCCAUUUCUGCGUUACCGGUGCAAUCAUCGACAGCCUUCCGAAGAUUUCUUGCUGUCGUUUUCAUAAUUUUGUUUCUGUCGUGGCAUUGUCAGUGUUGCCUCCUUCCCGGCGGCUGUGCUGGAGACUUUGUCCCCCAUCAUCCGGUUCAAGUUGAUUGUCGCUCAACCAUACUGCCAGACCAGUCAAGGUGCAGAACACAGUACAUACAACUCACACACAUACUCAUACAGCAAGAUGAUCAGAAAUUAACAAGUACUCAAGUGCUUCUGUGAUGCAAGUUAAAAUGUAAACAGUAUAACGCCAUUGGCUUUUCAUAAGCGAUGGCCGCAGCUACAGGCUAUCAUGAACUCUUACAUUUGGCGAGAUGUGCUGUCAUCAAGAUGUAGCCGGAAUUGUGGAUGAGCUAAUAAUCGGUAAAGAGUUAAUAUUUUAAUAUCUAUCCUCAGCAGGAAACUUUGCCACAGGUGUUGGUCGACCAAAAUCACACUUUGCUUUAGACAUUGGUGCACUGGAAAUUACAUUAAACAAUCCAGAAUGUUUUAUUCGGGAAUACGGUGGAACACAACUGCGUUCCCCAGCACCGAGCCCGGGCUGACCCAAGGUGCCGUCAAUCACGCCGCCACGUCUGAUUCUCGGACCGUGCUCCGCCCACUUCUCGCGAUAGGUCCCGGCGACCCGGAUCCUCGCGAGGUCUCGCCAGUUUGCAGCAUGGCGGCGCCUGGAGAAUCUGCCAGGGAGGAGCGGGGUCCUCGGGAGUCUGGCGGGGAAGCCGUGCCCGGCCUCAGCAACGUCGAUCAGCUCGUCAAGCAUGUUCUAGGGACAGUGAUGGCAGCCACAAAAGCCUCCAAUGGGUUGCCUCGAUUUGGUGAUGAGUUUGAUUUUUACCGAAGUUUCCCUGGAUUUCAAUCAUUUUGUGACACGCAAGCUGAUAGACUCCUGAGUUGCAUGAGCCAGCUUAUGCAGUUCCAUAGCUGUAGGAGUCAGAUCAGAGGACAGAACAAGGUGACAGAAUUGGAGGACAAAUUUGACUUGCUGGUGGAUGCAAAUGAUGUCAUCCUGGAACGAGUGGGGAUUUUGCUGGAUGAAGCUUCUGGUGUAAACAAGAAUCAACAGCCUGUUCUUCCAGCAGGACUUCAGCCUCCAAAAACUAUUGUCUCAAGCUGGAAUCGAAGGAAUACAGAAACUAAAAGAUCAAGAUCUGAAACAUUUCGCUUGUUUCAUGCUAAAAACAUCCCACGUCCUCAGCUGAAGUUCAAGGAGAAAGUCGACAACUCCAAUACUCCUUUUGUGCCAAAACUGUUCAUUAAGCCCAAUGCCCUGAAACCGCUCCCAGAAAUACUUUCAAAUAGACACAAUCGACCGGAAAGGCCGGAAGAUCUUGAUGUUCCAGCUGCAUUGGCUGACUUCAUUCAUCAACAGAGGACUCAGCAAAAUGAGCAGGACUUGAGUUCACAUCCUUAUCAGUAUGAGCUUAAUCACUUUGAACCAGCAGAAGCUGUACUGGUUAAACAGGAACCACAGAUGUAUAAAGCUUUGUCAGAGACCAACUUUCAGCUAAUCACAACCUUUGAUGAACUAGUGGAAAUGAAUGAAAAGCUCUUGAAGUGCAGAGAGAUUGCUGUGGACUUGGAGCACCAUUCAUACCGAAGCUUUUUGGGAUUAACCUGCUUAAUGCAGUUAUCAACAAGGGACGAGGAUUUUAUCAUUGACACACUUGAACUGCGCAAGGAAAUGUACAUUCUCAAUGAAGUCUUCACUGAUCCAUCCAUUGUUAAGGUUUUCCAUGGUGCAGAUUCUGAUAUUGAAUGGUUACAGAGAGAUUUUGGCAUCUAUGUUGUCAACAUGUUUGAUACACACCAAGCUGCACGCACUCUCAACUUGGGCCGACAUUCCUUGGAUUACCUGUUGAAACAUUACUGUGAUGUUCAGACUGAUAAACGAUAUCAACUGGCAGACUGGAGAUUACGACCACUGCCUGAGGAGAUGUUGCGUUAUGCACAAGAAGACACUCACUACUUGCUGUACAUUUAUGACAAAAUGAAGAAUCAAUUAUGGGAACAAGGGAAUGAACGUGGGAAUCUCGUUCAAUUGGUAUGGCAGAGGAGUAAAGAGAUUUGUUUCAAGAAAUACUGCAAGCCAAUUUUUACUGAAGAAUCCUACCAUGAGCUGCAUAGGAAGCAGAAAAGGCAUCUGAAUACACAGCAGGUUACAGCAUUGAGACUGCUUUAUGCCUGGAGGGACAAGGUUGCACGACAGGAGGAUGAAAGCACAGGCUAUGUUUUGCCCAAUCACAUGCUGAUCAAAAUAUCAGAGGAGCUACCAAAAGAGCCUCAGGGAAUCGUAGCUUGUUGCAAUCCCACUCCUCCGCUAGUUCGCCAGCAGAUCAAUGAAUUGCAUCUCCUGGUCCAACAGGCACGAGAUAUGCCUCUUCUUAAGACAGAAUCAACCCCAUUGCCACAGAAGACAAGCCCACUAGUACAGGCAAAAGCUGAGAAUUUGCUCUUUGGACCUCAUGACAAUUCCCACCUUUCAGAUGAAGUGCAGAUGAUUCAUGGCUCAGUACCACUGAUGCAAUCCAAUAAAUUGUUUCCAGAUUUGAAGGCUAAUGAGACAUUUUCACUCAGUGUCACUAAACCGAUCAUCACAAUAUUUGAUGAUAUUGUUUUGAAUAAAAAGGAAUGUGAAAAGUGCACAGGGGCACAAAAAAAAGCAAAAGCCAUUUUGGAAUCAUUUGAAAACCCUUUCAGAAUGUAUUUGCCUUGCAAGGACAGUAGUGCAUUCAUCUCUCAAGCAGCGAAGUUUGAUCCUUCCACCAAGAUAUAUGAAGUGAGUAACAGGUGGAAGUUGCUAAGCCAGGAAUACUUACAGAAGGAGUGCAAGCAGCAAGAGAACGCCAAGAAAGUGAAAGAAACUCCAAAGCCUGCAGUUGAACGACAACAGGUACAACAGGAUUAUAUUGCUGCAGUACAAGAGAUCCCUUCAGUCAGACAGCAGGCUGCGAUGACAGCAGACCAGCAAAUGGCGAAGAGAGAGCAAACCAAGGGCAGACCAGGAAGUGAGACUGCACCUCCAGAAAAGAAGCCUAAACUGGGGACGGAAAAGCCAAAACAUCCCAAAAAUUUCAAACCAUUCGAUUACAGCAAGUCUGAUUUCAAAGUAUUUGCAGCUGGAAGCAAAUCCAAGGAAACAACCCAGUUUGAUCCAAAUCUUCAAGCAGAUGCUCCUCGAUCUAAGAAAACAGGAAAGAAGAAUCGUCAAAAUACAGGAGGCAAGAGCAUGUCCUUCAACAACAAUUCUGAAAGAGGUUUCAGACACAGUUGGCCAGCAAGAUAGAAAACUGGGCUUGGCACUGAACUGAACAGAGGCACCUUUUCCAUCAAGGUUGUUACCAUUUCCCAUCAUUAUUAAGUACUUGAUUGUUUGCAGUUUCUGGGAUACCAUUGCACUAUGUGAAGAGCAUUUUACAAUAAAUCUUUUGCAAAGUUGUUAAUUCUGCCUUUUGGUAAUUAUUAAAUAUUACAAACAAAUAUUCACCCUUGUGAAUAACUACGUUUGUGCAAAAUGAUAAUUGUUUUAGCAAAGACAAACUUUCCUUGUAUCUGAGGGAAUAAAAAUUCCUGUCACAUCUCAAGUGACUGCUAAAUGA